AGCGAAGAUGGCGGCGGCUGUGGGGAGAGCCGGUUCCUUCGGCUCCUCUUCCUCCGGGCUCGGUUCGGCUGCCGGUUUUUCUUCUCCUUCGUCCGCCGCUACGGCCACGACCAACAACAAUGCGGAGCUGCGGGCAGGCGGCGAUGAGGACGACGGGCAGAACCUCUGGUCCUGCAUCCUCAGUGAGGUGUCCACGCGCUCCCGCUCCAAGCUACCUUCGGGGAAGAACGUCCUCCUCUUGGGUGAAGAUGGAGCAGGUAAAACUAGCUUAAUAGGAAAAAUUCAAGGAAUAGAGGAAUACAAAAAAGGAAGAGGAAUGGAGUAUUUGUAUUUAAAUGUGCAUGAUGAAGAUCGAGACGACCAAACAAGAUGUAAUGUAUGGAUUUUGGAUGGUGACCUGUAUCACAAAGGUCUUCUUAAAUUUGCGAUGGAGGCAAGCUCUCUAAAGGACACUCUAAUUAUGUUGGUAGUAGACAUGUCUAGGCCUUGGACUGCACUGGAUUCUUUACAAAAAUGGGCAAGUGUUGUAAGAGAACAUAUUGACAAGUUAAAAAUUCCUCCUGAAGAAAUGAAAGAAAUGGAACAAAAGUUGGUAAGAGACUUCCAGGAAUAUAUAGAACCAGGCGAGGAUUUUCCAGCUUCUCCACAGAGAAGAAAUACUUCAUUACAGGAAGACAAAGAUGACAGUGUGAUUUUACCCCUGGGUGCAGAUACACUAACAUGUAACUUAGGCAUUCCAGUAGUAGUAGUUUGUACAAAGUGUGAUGCCAUCAGCGUUCUGGAAAAAGAGCAUGACUACAGAGAUGAACACUUUGACUUCAUUCAGUCACAUAUCAGACGGUUUUGCUUACAAUAUGGGGCAGCACUUAUUUACACUUCAGUAAAGGAGAACAAAAACAUUGAUUUAGUGUAUAAAUAUAUAGUCCAGAAGUUGUAUGGAUUUCCUUUCAAUGUUCCAGCUGUUGUUGUGGAAAAAGAUGCAGUAUUUAUUCCUGCAGGUUGGGAUAAUGACAAGAAGAUAGGAAUAUUGCAUGAGAACUUUCAGACACUAAAAGCAGAAGACAGUUUUGAAGAUAUCAUAACAAAACCACCAGUCAGAAAGUUUGUUCAUGAAAAAGAAAUUGUAGCAGAAGAUGACCAAGUGUUUCUUAUGAAGCAGCAGUCACAGUUGGCGAAACAACCACCUACUGCUGCAGGAAGGCCAGUGGAUGCCUCUCCAAGAGUUCCUGGUGGAUCUCCUAGGACACCAAAUAGAUCCGUAACAUCAAACGUUGCCAGUGUUACACCUAUCCCUACUGGGUCAAAAAAAAUUGAUCCCAAUAUGAAAGCUGGAGCUACUAGUGAAGGAGUCCUGGCUAACUUCUUCAAUAGUCUCCUGAGCAAGAAAACUGGUUCCCCUGGUGGCCCUGGUGGUGUUGGUGGCAGUCCAGGAGGAGGUGGCACUGGAGGUGCUGGCAGCAACUUACCACCAUCAGCAAAAAAGUCAGGUCAGAAGCCAGUUUUAACAGAUGUUCAGGCAGAAUUGGACAGAAUUUCACGAAAACCUGAAAUGGUCUCUCCUACAACACCUACAUCUCCCACAGAAGGUGAAGCAUCUUGAAGACACCAAAUAAAACCAAUUGUUCAGUUUUCUGGGAUAAUUCAAA